GGCAAUUCCUCCCUUCAGCCAAACAGAGGCCCCAGCCUGGAUUGACGACGCGCAAUUUGCAUGAUCCAUCGGACGUCCGCACCUCUAUGUGCCCGCGCUACACAGAGCCAUCGUAGACCAAGACACGCCCGCAACAUCCAGCACCUUCGACACGCGACACCGUGGCGGUCGUGAUGCCCGCGCCCAUCAACGCGACCCAACCAGACCAGUCGUUUGAUGCCGCGGUGCGCCAGCCGCGAAGCGCGUACGGUCUCGAACACAGCACCAACGGGAAUACCAACGGGAAUACCAACGGGAAACUGGCCGUCCAGACACCAGACGUGGCUACUGUGGGCGACGGCGCCGAGGUUGCGCGCGGUGAGAGCAAGGUAAUACAGGAAGGAAAGGAGAAAGCAAAGACUAUCCUCGCUGCGUCGGGCAUGCCUCACGAAGCGGACAUUACACAAGCCUCCAGUUCACAGUCCAAGACUGUGUCGCCCGCCACCACCGGAACCGUCAACGGCGUUUCUCCCAGUCGCAAGCGCUCGCGCUCCGGAUCCCGCAUACCCUCGCACGCUUCUGCGCAGAAGAAAGACGAGCCUUGGGAACGCUGCGAGGACGACUACCUCCUCGAGCUGUACAAAGAGCGUGAUUUUGACGACCUAUUGACUGUAACAAGACAAAUGGAAUACAGCACUGAAACUUUAACUCAGGCUAAAGCUCUGUUCUCCUAUUAUAGGGAUGAGGUACAUCCUAUUCGGGUAGCCCAACCGGGGGCCAUAUUUGGGUAUGGAUACAUGGGCUAUGGCAAUGGAUAUACCGACAUGAAGGGCCCUCGACUACAGUAUCCAGCCCAGGCAAAGCGGCCAGGAAACCGCUUGUCGAGACCGGUACGGGUCUCAAAGAAGGACGUAACUGCCCAGGCCGAGCAGAUUGAAGACCUGGUGCCCGUGCGCCUGGAUAUCGAGUUGGAUAAGAUUAAACUGAGGGACACCUUCACAUGGAAUCUCCACGACCGAGUCACACCUCCUGAUGUGUUUGCAGAGAAUCUUGUCGAGGAUUUCAAGCUUCCACCCGAGUUCCGCGGCCCUCUAAUACAGCAGAUCAACCGCGAAAUACAGGAGCAGAUCACAGAUUUUUAUCCCCACCCUUAUAUUCCCGAAGAACCUCUCGAUUCACAUUUACCGUAUUCGGCGUAUAAGAAUGACGAGAUGCGGAUACUCAUCAAGCUGAAUAUUACGAUUGGCGCACAUACUCUCGUUGAUCAGUUCGAGUGGGAGAUGAACAAUCCCCUGAAUUCGCCCGAGGAAUUUGCAAGGCAAAUGGCCGCAGACCUGUCAUUAUCUGGCGAAUUUACAACCGCAAUUGCCCACUCGAUACGAGAGCAAUGCCAGAUGUUCACUAAGAGUCUUUAUAUCACGGGUCAUCCGUUCGAUGGAAGGCCGGUGGAAGAUUCGGAUAUCCGAGACAAUUUUCUUCCAUCUCCUCUCCCUUCUGUUUUCCGACCAAUGCAGUCCGCGAAAGACUUCACACCUUAUCUUUACGAACUGAGCGAGGCCGACCUAGAGCGAGCGGAGCUUUCGAUUAUGCGAGAGCAGCGCCGGCAGAAACGAUCUGUCAAUCGACGUGGUGGACCAGCAUUACCAGAUCUCAAGGACCGACAAAGGACUGCCCGUACUUUGGUUGUUUCUUCCGUUCUCCCCGGAGCCGCCGAAACGACUGAAGACAGCAGAAUGUUUAAAAUCUCCCGAAGUUCUAAACGGGCCGGCGGUCGCCCUGGUCGCACCGAUGGCGGAGAUGAUUCCGACGAAUCUGACAGUGACGAAUCUGUGGCAGAGUCUCCAGCACCUUCGCAGCUUACCGGUGGUACUGCUCGAACCAGGAAUAUGCGUACGGCUGCAAAUGCUGCUCAAGCUGCAAUGAGAUCGGCAAUGGGAAGGUCAGCAACUCCUGAAAUUUCGACGCUACACCACCACGAAACCAGGACCUCCGCCCGACGACUCGGUCAUGAAGUCCGAGAAGAGAGUGUGUCAGAACCUACAUCCCUCGUUGUAAAGCUCCGAAUAUCAGCAAAGAAGUUCCGAGAAUACCUUCAAAAUCCAAAACCUCUUCCAAAACCUGCUUCAACCCCUGUAAUGGCUCCAACACCUCCUCCUGCUCGAAGCGCAACUUCGAUGCCUCCUCCCCCCUCACCAGCAAUGCCACCCCGUUCAACUCCCGCAAACGGGGCACAGCCAGUGGAAGCCCCCUCACGCAUACCAUCAACUCCAACGCCAGCCCCUCAACCUCAGCAACAGUGGCAGUACUAUCCCGAUGGGCGGGCAGAUGCACCGUAUCCCCUCCCGCCUGGUUCAACUUCAGCACCUCCACCUCCAUGGUUGCAGAACGCCCUUCAAGAGUUAAGAGAGAAGAAUCCCAACGACCUUUUCGAGGCUACCAUGCGCUACAACAUCAUUGAUCAAAAGACCCAGAGCACCGUCAAAGCGGACCAGCUUACCGGAAGCGCGACUCUUCCUCCAGGCAUUAAAGCGCAGUGGCUACCCCGCAUCCGCUGUAUUGACUGCCCUGGAAAACUCUACACCGCUGGGCCUGGUUUGACAGUGGAGAAUUUCGAAGUCCAUCUCAAGAAUCGUCAGCACAAGGCUAGCGUUGAAAGGCGGACAGGAAAGACAAGCGCUUCAUAGAAAUCUAACGAAAGCACGUUCUUGCACUAUUUCAUGGCAUUGCAUCAGAGUGGGGUAAAUAAUCGAACUCCCUCAUAUUGGCGUGCGUAAUUACCGGUGUUUGUACAAAUUACGGGAGAGUUACUGCUCAUGAGGCAGAGCCAGGGAACGUGGACGUGGAUCGGCGUUUUCAUUUGCCGGUGCAUUUGGAAAGGAGAGUAUGCCUCGACACACCAAACUUCUUGGAUCGUUAGGCAUAUGGCGUUGACGGAUGCUUAAGAUAUGUACCGUAGAACAGUCGUGGUUAGAAACUCUGCUUUUGAGGUUGCUACAACACGUUGCGAUAGCCAAUUGACACAAUUCAU